AUGAGUGACAACGAAGCCAUCAAUGUAAACAUUUCUGCCAUGCCGGCUGUUCAAAGUUUGCAGAAUCCGCAAUCAUCAUCGAGUUCGCCCGUUAAAAAGAAUCGAUGCGGAGCGUUUGUUGGAAGCAAACAGAAAUUAAUGAUAAUCAAUCUGUAUAAAUCUAAAACUCAACAAGAGCCAAGUAUGAAGUAUAAGAAUUUAAUGAAAUUAAUAUCCAAAGAAAUCGGCAUUGGAUAUAAUACAGUUUGUAAUACUGUAAGUGAUUACAAAAAAAAUAAAGAAGUGAAGUCGCCCAAUAAAAAAAAAAAUUCGUCCAACAAUCAAUGA